GAACGCACCUUAACCUGGAAGUAGAUGUUUGUUGUUUGUUCAAAACACCGGGUCCGCAAUGUGCUACGGCUCAUAUCCUCUAAACUGCUGUCUGUCGGAGUGGAAGUGAUCUGACCAAAUAGCUACGAAGAGGUCACACCAAAAUGUGUGCCUGUGUGGGAACAUCAGGAACUAAGACGACAAGCAAGAUGCGUGUGAACAACAUCCAACAACACAACAAAAAGAAACAAAAUCACAAAAGAAAGCUCACACAGACAACAGAGCAAAGCAUCACGUCACCUCAGCGUCCCUCCUGUCAUUCCACCACACCAAACCAGGUUUUAACUCAUGCAGGGAGCUCCAACAAGCCUUCAUCUCCCUCACACCAGCAGCUUAUUUUGAACGUGAUCAACACCAAAACAUCAAAACAACACUCGAAACCAAUCCCGGUCGCCAGCAAAUUCCUCGCCAUGGACUGUGAGAUGGUGGGCACGGGUCACAAGGGAAGCGUUAGCCACCUGGGACGUUGCAGCAUCGUAUCCUACGAGGGUGACGUGGUGUAUGACAAGUUCAUUAACCCCUCGGUACCUGUCACCGACUACCGCACGCGAUGGAGCGGCAUCCGGGCCCGGGACCUCAGGAAAGCCACGCCCUUUUACCAAGCAAGAAAGGAGAUCCUGAAGCUGCUGGCGGGAAAGGUAGUGAUCGGCCACGCCGUCCACAACGACUUCCGCGUCCUGCAGUACUCGCACCCGCCCUCCUUGACCCGGGACACAUCACGCAUCCCGCUUCUCAACAAGCGGGCCGGGUUUGAGGAAAAGGGCUGCGCUUCACUCAAGAGACUCACCAAGGCCAUCUUUCAUCGCGACAUCCAGACAGGACGCGGCGGCCACUCGUCGGUAGAAGACGCCCGAGCCACCAUGGAUCUCUACAAGCUGGUGGAGGACGAGUGGGAGAAGAAGUUGGCAUCGGGUAGUGGUAGUAGCUGAUUGGCUCAUUCCAUAGGCUCCACCCACUUCCUGCCGUUGACUCCAGUUUGGCUGAAGGUGAUCAAUAAGUACAGUAUAACUUAGUGUAUACUCACUAGGAAAAAAAAAAGUACAGAUAAAUGUGUGACUGAGCACCUAUCGAUGCCUCUUUUAGAUCACACUGAAAUCUAUUUUAUUCCUAUGUCGGGAAAAAAAAAGUUGAAAUUUUUUUUAAUACUUUUUGAUUAAUGUUUCUCCACUAUUGCAAGUGUUUGUAAGGUAAAAAUAUCGACCAGGAUGAGUUCAUUUAAUAAUUCAAUAAUUGUCAUUCAUAAUGACAAUUGUUGUAAAAAAAAAUACUCAAAAAAAUAAAUAGAAAAAAAAAAGUGUUUUCUUCUUUGAAUGUCCUUACUCAACGUUUUUACAAAUUCUUUCUUGAGUGAUUUCCUCCAUUAAAGCAGAUUAAGCGCUCGCCUGCUGCGUUUAGUGGAAUGACUUGAUUUAAAUAUAAUAUGGAUUCAUGCUGGGUUAACUUAUUGAGAGCUUGAAUAAUUGCCCCAUACAGUGCAGCUAGCGGCUAAUUCGCUUUUUAUUAGCCUUGCACAGGAAUUUGUUCAUGUUGCAAAUUUUUCGCCGUGCAACUCACCACUCGGACUGAUUAAAAGUCACUUUUCAAUA